UUUCGAGAGAUUUGACAAAAAAAAAAAAAAAAUUCACUCGAAUCUUGUCACAGAGUGUUGAAAUUCAUAAAAAUUCCUUUGAAUUGUAAACGAUGCGCAUGCAAACUCCAAAAAUAACUGAGAAUUAUCUUCAUUGGAUCUAUAAGCGUUUUAAUCAUCGUGGACUUUGAUAUCGCUGAUUAUUUGAUCUCGAAGAUACGCGAGUCUCCGCGAUAAUGAAAAACCUGAAAUACUUCGAGACGUUCCUUAUCGAUGAAUUCUUCAUAGCAGAUUUUUACACGACUCCAAAAAAACUGGAGCUCCCCCGAUUUUUCUUCGUUGCUGUCGCAUCGUUUCGUCACGUAGUUUCCUCGAUCAAUUAAUCGCUCGAUCACGGAGGUACGGGCUCCGAAACGAAAGAGGAGCGACCCAAAGAUUUUCCAGGAUCUCAAAAUGAUUGUCAAUACGAAGCGUUAUCAAGGAUCAAUACUCGAUAGCAAUAAUAUCGAAUAGAUAUCGAAGACGAAAAAAUGAUGAAAAAAGGUCAAACAACCGACAAGAGAGGAGAGAUUCGCGUGUGCUCAUCUCGCUUGCUGGUUCGACGCUGCUCGCUCGGAGUCGUGCAAAGAGUGCGACCUUAUUUUGUGAAGAAGUGCACGAUCGUUCACCUCCGUUGGGGGAGCAUGUUUUUCUUUCAUUUGCUAAAAAGUCUACGAGCUCGUCUCGGAGAGCGUUCAGCAUCGAGGCUCUGCGAAGCUUACCGUUAGAAACGCGGUGUUCCGCCUGUGCCAUUUAGCGGUGUUCGAUUCGCCGCGUACUUGUCUGUUUUCAUGCUCCGGAAGGUAAUGAAUGAGGGAGAAGAAGGAAAGUCAAGGAAUCGUCGUGUCGUUCCGAAUGCGAGUGUCCGAGUUUGCCUUUGUCAGUCUGGGAGCAGCACGCGGAGAGAGAGAGAGAGAGAGAGAUUUUUUGCAACGGUUACGAAUCAUCGUACCGAUUCGGCGGUAUAUCGCCGGCGAAAUAUCGAGUGGGAGAGCCUCCGCGUGCUUUCGAGUGUCGUCGUAUUCAUUGUCAACUGCUCUUCGUCUUUCGUUAUAAAUCUUGCAACAUUGGAUUGAUAGCGAACACGUGAUGGAAUAACGCGUGCCAAUGACAGAAAUCGCACGUUGCGCAACGUUCCUCCACCCUUGAAAAUUCUGCAUAAGCGUUGGUCGCUCCGCGUGAACCAACGAAAUAAGAAUCCGGUGAGAGAAGAGCUCGAAGGAUCGUCGUUAUUUGGCCGCUUCACUCGCAGCAUCCCGUAUGAAUUGAAAAAAAAAAAAAAAAAAAAAAAAAAAACUCAAAUGGAAACUCGAGAGUCCAUUUUGGGAGCUAAGAAAAUAGAACGGAGCGUAGAAUCGUGGUGGAAACUCAUCGCGGUCAAGUUGACUCCGAUUUGCCCAUGCAUGUCCGUGCAUGUAUAGAGAACGAAUAAUCUUUUACUCUUUUGCUCUCAAUCGUCCCAGUCGUUAUAUGCGGAGUCAUCGUACAACUCGCGAACACGUGAUUGUCGCCCAGUCGUUAAUCACUCUCGCAUGAUACCAAUAAUUCAAUUCGCUCAAGUAAUUGUACUUUAUGCCUUCCGAGAGUUAACGCGAGAGGAGUUGUGAAAAAUCUUGUUGUUUGCCAACGUUUGAUCUUGUUGCUGCGCGAAAUGAGCUUGAUAAAAACAGCGACUUGACGCGUCGUGGCGGUAGCUCAACAGCAAAUCGUUUUCAAACGUAUUGAUGUUUUUCUUCGACCUCUGGAACCUCAAAUUCGAGCACAGGUCCAGUGGGACCUAACGUGUAUGGCUAAUCUCAUUGGCCGUAAAUUGAUCCUGUUGAAAGUUGAACAUUCGAUUUACAUUCGGAUGAUAUCGAAGUCGAAUCCGAAUGCGAUGCAUCAGCUUAUACAUUACUUAACUGUCAAUGAUAAUAAGGAAAUGAGCCGAGGUUACUAAUGCGGAAAUGGAAGGCUUCUGGAUAUCCGGUGCGAUAAAUGCCAUCAAGGCGCUGUCGUACGUCUACGACCUUCUGACGUUUCCGGUUUAUCUAAUACUUCAACGACCAUGGGAAAAGAGGAAGCUAUCAAGAAGAAUAAAAGCGAAAUGGAUCUCAAAGGACGACCAUUCGAUUACGUACAGAAGCGUCGAUCCACCUGGUCCUUUGCACAUAACACUGGAACGUCAGAAAAUCGAUACUCUCGAGAAAAUGCUUAAAUGGGUCACAGAUAUGCACAGUGGCAAAAAGUGUCUCGGCACGAGGCAAAUUCUCGCUGAGGAGGAUGAGUUACAACCUAAUGGCAGAAUCUUCAAGAAGUACAAGAUGGGCGAGUACAAGUGGAAGAGCUACACCGAGGUGGAAAGGUUAGCAUCCUCGUUCGGUCGUGGCUUGGCCGAGCUGGGAUUGACGCAGAAGAAAAAUAUCGUGAUAUUUGCUGAGACUCGAGCCGAGUGGAUGAUAGCAGCUCACGGCAGUUUCAAACAGAAUCUUUCGGUUGUUACGAUCUACGCGACUCUCGGCGACGAGGCAAUUGCUCAUGGUAUUAAUCAAACGGAAGUCGAUACGGUUAUAACGAGUCACGAAUUGUUGCCGAAGUUCAAACGACUGCUCGACAUGAUUCCUGAAGUUAAAAACCUCAUUUACAUGGAGGACCAACUGAAAGAAACCGACACGAAGGGCUUCAAGGAAGGAGUACGCUUGAUGCCGUUCUCAGACAUCAUCAAAAAAGGCAACACUUCUAAUCGUCCAUCCGUUGCACCGGAACCCGAAGACACAGCCAUCAUAAUGUACACUUCCGGCUCGACGGGUGUUCCAAAAGGUGUACUCCUCUCUCACAAAAACAUCAUCGCCACGCUAAAAGCUUACGCUACAGCAGUUGUCAUACAACCCGAUGACGUCUUCCUCGGCUUCUUACCACUGGCUCACGUAUUCGAAUUCCUCGCUGAAAGCGUUUGCCUACUUACCGGUGUUCCCAUUGGAUACAGCUCGCCAUUGACCAUGAUUGAUUCUAGCAGCAAAAUCAUGAGGGGAUCCAAAGGAGACGCCUCCAUCUUACACCCGACUUGUUUGACCGCUGUACCUCUGAUACUCGAUCGCAUCUCCAAAGGAAUAAACGAGAAAGUUAAGAAAUCUGGAGCGUUCAGACAAGCCAUUUUCAAUUUCGCAUACGAGUACAAGCUCAAAUGGACGAAACGUGGCUAUGAGACACCUUUGUUCAAUCGUUACAUUUUCGGCGCCGCGAGGCAGGUCCUCGGCGGUCGAGUACGACUUAUUUUAUCCGGUGGAGCACCAUUGAGCCCUGAUACUCACACACAGGUCAAACUCUGUCUGUGCGUUACUGUCACGCAGGGAUACGGUCUCACGGAAACGUGCUCAGGAGCCACAGUUAUGGACACGUACGACAGAAGCACAGGAAGAGUCGGAGCUCCUACGGUUAUCUGUGACAUAAGACUGGAAAAUUGGGAAGAAGCGAAUUACAGAGUAACGGAUUCACCUUACCCGAGAGGCGAGAUUGUUGUAGGUGGCGAUAACGUCUCGGCUGGUUAUUACAAACUUCCGGACCAAACAAAAGAGAAUUUCUUUGAGGAGAAUGGCAGACAGUGGUUCAGAACGGGCGACAUUGGGGAAUUCCAUCCGGAUGGAAGCAUGACGAUCAUCGAUCGGAAGAAGGAUUUAGUCAAAUUGCAAUUGGGAGAGUACGUAUCACUCGGUAAAGUCGAAGCUGAACUAAAGACUUGUCCCGUUGUGGAAAAUAUCUGCGUCUACGGAGACGCUUUCAAGGCGUACACAGUCGCUCUUGUCGUACCGAAUCCUCGCAGCCUCGAAGAAAUUGCAGCUAAUCUUAAUAUUACAACGAAAAAUCUUGAAGAACUGUGCGAAAAUCCACGCAUUGAGAAGGCCGUUCUGCACGAACUGGUUGAACAGGCGAAGAAAUGUAAACUACAAAGAUUUGAAAUCCCUGGAGCUGUGAAGCUCUGUCCAGAGCAGUGGUCACCGGAUAUGGGUCUGGUUACGGCUGCUUUCAAACUGAAGCGAAAAGCUGUCCAAGAGCGUUAUCAGCACGAGAUAAAUCGGAUGUACGCCUCGUGAUGUUACGGCAAAAAAUGCGCAAAGUGUAACGUCUAGCGUGUACGCAAACGUAGUAAUUUGGAAGUAUGACAUCGCGGAAGAGAAAAAGAAAAAAAGAUCGACAAACAUAACGCCAGUCGUCGCGCGGAUCUCUCAGCGUGUCCUGAAUAACCAAUGUUGUUGAAAUUCAUAAACACCGGCGAUACUUAUGGCAAACGAAGAUACGCGAUCGCCCUCGAUUCACUCGGUACCGUGGGUGUGUACGUGUGCAUGUGUCCUUUUAUGUAUUCGAACUGUUUGCGUAGAUUUAUGUGUACUAUACCAUCCCCGUUGUAAAGGACGACCACGGUGGAUUAUCGAAAGUAUAUCGGUUAUCAGGCCAUUACAGAUAGCGCGUACAUAAUUGUGAUUAAAUUUUUUUUUAUUCAACAUUUCGAUACAACCGACGUUUUUUUUCUAUUGUGAAUUUCUGUCAAUUCGUACAAUUGUCAUUCGUGGUCGCGCAAAACAAAGUGUUUACCUUUGGCCUCCAAACAGUCUGCAAAGUCGAUUGAGUUUAUUCCUUGAAUGAACUACUGAUUGGAUCGCACAAAUUUGCAUAAUCCAAUUUCGCAAUCGGGUAUAUUCCUAUCAAUCUCUCUGCGUCCAUGGGAAACAUUCUCUACUGUAAGCGAACACGAUUAAUGAAAAAAUGAUUGCUAAAAAGGCAGGCUUUUGAUUUUGACCUCGUUGAUGAACGUUUUUGCGCAUCUUCGUCAAAUGCUAUAUUUAUGGAAGAUAUAUCGAUUGGAAUUCGUAAUGAGGAAAUUGUAAGUAAUUGUUAAUACCGGUGACCUUUUGCACGUUCAAUAUUGAACAAAACAGCGAACACUUCAAGUAAAAAUUAAUUGUGCAAUUAUUAUCGCGGUUGAAUUCAUUGGAAAAUGUAUAUCAUUCUCGGACAAUGGUGAACGAAUUGUUCUGGAACAGUAAUAAUAGUCUUCUAUGUACAUAUUUAUUUUUUUAAAUUUGUAUCAUUUGUUAUCGAUGUCGCGCGUUCUUCUAUUUUUAAAGACAGAGAAAAUAGUAUAUUACGCACCUAAGGAGUGUAAGUAGACUACCUCAAACCGCGGGCAGCACACGGUUUGAGGUAGUCUAAUUUCACUCCCGUGGAGUGUAUACUAUUUGUCACCACACAUGCACCGAAAAUUCAACCUUCCGUUUUCGGAAAGCUGAACUUUCGGCGUAUGUGUGGUGAAAAUUAAUUUGUCAGUAUCCAUAAAACGUUGUACCGCCAACGAUGCCUAUUCAUUGAUAUUGCAAGUAUGAUACACUGAAAAUCGUCAUAGAGAUUAAGUUUGAGGAUGUCCUCGCCGUACCGAGACACAUCAGAAAGCUGGCUAAUGUUUUGUUUAUACUUUUGAUUUUAACUAACUCCAAAAGCAAGUUGCCAUGAUGAUAUUUUUUGUUUGGAUUAGUGGAUGCGCAUACUGAGUAUGGUAUGACAAAACCAAAUUAUUUUUCGUAUAAAUUUGAAUAUUAUUUAAUAUAUUUAAAUCACCCAAAUGGCAUGUUUCCUUUUGAAUUAUUUUUUUUGUUAACAAUAAUUAGGAGUUAGCUCGUAUUUUCGAGCAGUUAAAUUCACUGUAUUAUUCCAAUCCUUGGUGGAGAAAUAUCAAAAUAGAGGUAUUCACUGCUCGAUGAAAAGUUUCGAUAAAAUGAACCCGCGAAUAAUUAUCUGAUUCUUCCACUCGUUACUCGUUCCAAUGGAAAUGUCCGCGAGCAAGUAAACGAAAAUUCACCAGUUCUCGAAAAUCGUCGUACGCUGAGAAUGUCCUCGAUCUCGUAUAAAUCUAUCAAUCAAUUAAAUGUUUUGAAUUUUCAAUUGACUCUACGUUCGAAAAUUGUGUCCCAAAUCAUAAGAGAAAUUUCGGGAACUGCUUCCACUUUCAUCAUAAAACACGGUCUACCAUACUGUGCGCUGAAAAGAAAGAGAGUUAGAGAGAAGGAGACUCUGCGUCAGGAUAAUUAGCGGUUGAACAUUUAUUUUAUUGACAACAAGAAAACAAAUCAUGUGAACAAUAUGAAAGCAACAAUUUUAGCAAUGUUUAGUAUGAAUAUAAGAGUAAAUGGUGCAACGUGGCUCGGCCUUAAAUGGCAAAGAGUCGCCGCGCUAAAUCGACGUUUUCCGGGAUCGUUUCUCGGACCUAAAAUGUGGUUAAAAAAAAAGUGUCUCGUUGAUUGGAUACACGCUAUAUUAAUGUAUUAAAAUCUAAUGCGUAUACGUGUAUGAAAGUUAUGAAAUUAUGUUUUUCUUUUCUAUUGCAUCCAACACGAAAAAAAAAACCAAAAAGAAAAAGUUAUUUACCUGUGAUUAUACAUCAUUCGUAAGCUUGUACGAUGCAGUUUCAUGCAUACAUUUAUUUCUAUGUUGAAUAUUAAUGGUGACGUCGUAAUGUUGGUCGAAUCGCUUAUUCGCGUAAAGCCCUACUAUUGUAACAUCACAGUACAUGUCUCUGCGACAAGAAAGUUUAGGAGAAAACAAAAACUGUUUAUAUAUAUAUAUAUAUAAAUAUAUAUAAGAAAAACAAAAUGCCUAAAUACCGUACGUAAUUGGAGCAGUUAAAAAACGCUUCAUCCCUUUAUUUACUUACUCAUCGAUUAGAUCUAUCAAUAAACAACAAAGAAUCCUCUUCUA